UAUAGCGAUGACGUAGCCAUGCGCAACCGGUCAGUAUGGUAUUUCCUUUUAGCUAGCUUUUUCAAAACAAUCUGAGAGGACAAUGUUCCGUGUGUAGCUCGAUCUGGCUAGGAUCGCAAAUGGAAAUCGAACGGUCAAAAUGGCCAGCGGCUCAAUGUAGUUAGUAGCUGAUAUAGCUAGCAUAGUCUAGUGUGUGUUGAUGUUGCUCUCGCCAGUAUUCUGCCCAGUAGAUUCCCACCGCUCUUUCGUCACUACAGGAUGCUCAAGCUGUUCGGAGCGCUAGUUCUUGUGGGACUAGCGCUGGCGUGCUUAGCUUCCUGGGUGCUGGAGAGCUAUGACACCUCUUGGCACCCCAAACGGAGUGUUCGGCAGUUCAACGCCGGGGAUGGAGAGGAGGCUAGUAGGACAUGUCUUCCUCCGUAUCCCGGCGGCAAAUUGGAUAACAUAUUCUGGUUCGUGCAGGUGUCUGACAUUCAUAUCAGUCGAUUCCAUGACAAAAAACGAAUUUCAGACUUUGAGAAGUUCUGCACUGAUACCGUUGAAGUGAUCCAACCUGCUCUCGUGCUCGCAACAGGAGACCUGACAGAUGCGAAGACCAAGAGCAAGGUGGGCUCCCUGCAGCAUGAGGUGGAGUGGCAGGCCUAUCACGACAUCCUGAAGAGGUCUCGGGUGCUGGAGCGCACCAAAUGGAUUGACAUCCGCGGAAACCAUGAUGCCUUCAAUAUUAUUUCCUUGGAUAGUGUCAACAACUACUACAGGAAGUACUCAGCCAAUCAGAAAGUUGGUUCCUUCCACUAUGUCCACAAGACUCCCUUCGGCAACUACUCCUUCAUCUGUGCUGAUGCAACCAUCACCCCCGGACCCAAGCGGCCGUACAACUUCUUUGGCAUUCUCAACCAGACUCAGAUGGACCUGUUGGCAUCCUUCAGGACUGAGAGCCACAGCAGCAACCAGACCAUCUGGUUUGGCCACUACACCACUUCAACGGUCAUCUCCCCCUUUCCAGGGGUGAGAGGCGUGAUGAGCUCGGCUGUAGCGUACCUCUGUGGUCACCUACACACUCUGGGCGGCCUGAUGCCUGUACUACACAGCAGACACCCCGAGGGCACCCUGGAACUGGAGCUAGCUGACUGGAUGGACAAUCGCAGGUACAGAGUGCUGGCGUUUGACCACGACCUGCUGAGUUUCAUGGACCUGAAGUUUCAGCAGUGGCCUGCAGUACUCAUCACCAAUCCCAAGGAGGCGCAGUACCUCCAUCCUGGAGUGGAGCCACUGGGGAGAAUACAGAACUCUACCCACAUCAGGAUCCUGGCCUUCUCUGAUGCCCCGGUCACAGCAGUUCACGUCAGCGUGGACGGGGUGGAGAUUGGUGAAGGCCGGUCUGCUGGAGGUCCUCUGUAUGUGGUGCCAUGGGAACCCUCGCUCUACCUCACUGGGCUGCACACUGUCACUGUCAAAGUGAAGGACGCGGUGGGGCGGUCGACUUUCCGAGAACAGCUCUUCACCCUGGAAGAGGACCUCUCCCCCAGCUUUGGUUUCUUCCAGUCCUUCAUCCUGCUCACUGACCACUACAUCCUGGCCCGGGUAGCCUUUGUCGCAGGGAUGCUGCUGAAUAUUGGAGUGCUGGUGGCGUUCAGGUUCAUGCCUGUGCCCUCUGUCAGAGUGUCUUCAAGUCUGUCCUCUUGCGCCUGUCUGUCCCUGCACCUGGUCAGUAAAGCAGACACUUUCUACUACUCUCUACUGCUCUUCAACCUCUGCACUGCCAUAGGUCCCUGGUUCAUAGGAGAGUUGAUUGAUGGUCACAGUGGGGCUUGCUUUGCCUUCGGAGUGGUUAUCGACGGACACUUCCUCGAGGGAAGUCUCACUUAUGUUGUUGGGGUUGUGCAGCUGCUCUUCUUCAACAUGCCUCUCACCUGUUACCUGUGCUGGAGCCUUCACCUGCGUAGUCGUGGUAACUCCUUCCGCUCACACUUCUUGCGUCCGGGCUAUCGGUGGAAGACUCUGGGGGUGCAUACGGCCAUGUUGCUGCUGCUAGCCUGGCAGGGAUACUCUUGUUACUUCCUGCUGGAGACAUAUGGACCUCUGGCCUUCUUCCUGUCCCCAGUCCGCACGUGGGCAGUAGGGAUCGCCCUGCUAUUGGUCUACCGCGCCUGGAAGGGCCCCGCCCCCUGUCUCCGUGACGACAGCAAGACAACCACUUUUUCUUGACUUUCUACUGGGGGAUUCUCUUAGUUAUGGCAAACUACAUUGGCUCUACUUUUCUAUCCCAUAUUUCAGACUACUCUUUUGUGCAAAGUUGUUUCUCACUUUCCCCUCGUGAUCACAUUUUUAAACAGUUUAAAAGUAGUUGUUUCAUAUGCAUGUUAGUGUAUUGCAUGUGUAGACCACACCCCUAUACACAGUCAGCGCUAUGAAGGUGUUGUUACUGUGAAGUCACUAGUUUAGUGUACAUAUAUUGUGGAUAGAAUUGAUUGUUCAGCCAAUAUGACUGCUGUUCCUCAGAAAGCUGAUGUAGACAUUGAAGUCUCUCGCCGCUGUAUUAUUUGCCCACUUGAGACUUGAUUUGUAGCAGUUAUUCAAUUCAAAGUGCUGCCUCGGCCAACUGCCACACAUCACUGCCAAAGGAUACAUAAUCAGUCCUGCUCUGGCAAGUUUUGUAUUUGGUUAUUGCAAACUAGCUAUAUAUUUUACACAGGUAUAGCAGACCAAUCACCCACCUGAAGUAGUUUUAAUUUUUAUUUUGAGCUCUGAGAAAUCAGCUGUUUCUCAGGAAUGGGAGGCCUUGAACCAAAAACAGACUGAUGACCCAUUUAUAUAUUCAAUUAGCUCAGUGGUGAAUCUGUCCACUUAAAGCGUGAUAAAUGUUAAAUAAUAGCAAGGGUGCAAUGACCUGAGAUUGUGCUGGUUUUAUUUUGUAUUGUGCUUAUUCUCUAUUGAGAAGUUGAUUUGGGCAGCUUUGUUAUGUAUAGAACGCAUAUAUUUUUGGGCGCUCGACUUAGACUGAAGCAGGAGCUCCACAAUUUUGAGCUAAUAUUCUUUAAGAGGAACAGGAGCUCAAGCAGUAGAAAUGUUGAGGUGCCAGUACUCUGGCAGGAGCUCACCGGAGCAAAGUCAAGCACUACUCUGGACUAUCAGGGUUGGGGUCCAAUUUCAACAUUGAAUUAAGAAAAGUUGGAAUGACAAAUGACUCAACUUUACUGAUCGUGGUGUCCACACUAAGGGUUGAAGUGUCUCUUUACCAUUAUGGUCACGUCCCAUUGACCUUCUUUCCCCUGGGAUGGGAUCUUCAGUCAAGGAGGUGUGGUUCUCCUUUUAGAAUGUAUCAGUUGGUAUUGGUCCUAUGCAUCAGGGGUCAUUAGAGCAUCUCACAAGUUGCCUAAUGCUGAUUAAAAGGUUUCAUGACUUGAUUGUCCAGAGCUGUACUUUUUUAAAUUCAUGGUCAGCUUUAACACCAGAAUGUGAAGGGUUGGCUGGCUCAGUUUCUCCAGCACUUCCCCCAAGCUAGGUAGGUAGCCUGGGUGCCAGUCUGUCUGAUUGAGCCAACUCCUUGUCAGGCCAAACAUUACAAUUCCAUAAGGACUUUGCAUGAGAGCAGAACUAAACUGGCACCUGGGCAGAGCAUAACCACUACUUUGAAAUGUUUGCUGUACUGUUACUCUCAAAAUAGAUUGUGGCAUGUGUCAAAUCAGAGCCAUUUUCAAAUUGAAAUGAAGAAAGUUCAGAUUUUAUUAAUGGUUUAUAGUGCUGUGAAAGUUGUUUAGUCAAAUGGAAUCAGAUCUAAGACAUCCUUGAAAUCUUUGCAAUUUGGCAUGUCAAUAAUUAGACACAGAUUGGUUAAGUAUUUUACAAAAGUUACAAGUAAAGAGACAUGCAGUACAGUGUAACUACAAAUAAUUGUAUUCAGUACAUCCAGUUAUUGUCAGUAUAGAAAUCAAAGGCAGGAAGUAGUGUGUAAAAAACAACAAAAAACUUGUGAUUCCAGUAGCUUCUGAUGGUGCCACCAGGGAUUUGAAUCAAUCUGAUAUUUUAAUGACCUGUUUACCAAUGUUUCCUCCUUUCAUCAUGGAGCAAAAGGCCACUGCAAAAUAAAGUAAAGUCCAAUUGUCA